AUGACUUUUUCAAAAUAUCCUGUGUAUUUGGGUUUUGGAAGUGUGCUUGAGCCUCAGCUUUCCUAUCGCUUAUUAUCACAUUAUAUGCCACUGGGUAAAAUUGGUGGUAAACCCGCUUGGUUAAAUCCAGUCAGUCUUCCUGAUAGUAGCUCUCUUCUUUGUCGAGUUUGCGAGAAGCCAAUGGUGUUUUUAAUUCAAGUUUAUGCUACAAGUCCCAAUGAUCAAGAUUAUUCGUUUCAUCGUACUUUAUUUUUCUUCAUUUGUCGAAAUUCACAAUGUUCACGAACUAAUGACGCCAGUAAUGUCCGUGCUUUUCGGUGUAUCUUACCACGAUUCAACGAUUUUUAUGCUUCUGAACAACCUAUUGAUCCGGACUUAGAAGGUGAAGUCCCAGAUCCAUUCUGGAAACAAACGUAUCCUCACUUAUGUCAAAUUUGUGGCUGUAAUGCUACAAAGAAAUGUGCGCGUUGUCAAUCUACGUGGUACUGUAGCCGCGAACAUCAGGUAAUUGAUUGGAGUUCGUCACAUAAAAAAGAAUGCUGCAAACAGAGUUCAACCAAUGAGAAAGUUUCUACAACUUCUGAUAAUGAUAAUGAUGAAAAAAAUGAUGAAUAUAGUUGGGUAAGACGGAAACGAAGUAUUGCGAUAAAUGCAUUUGUUUUCCCGGAGUAUGCAAUAGAAAUGGAUACAGAGCAUUUGUCAAAAAACAGUCAUGUUGAUAGUGAUGAUGAUGAUAAUGAUGGUAAUAGUGACAGUGAUGAUGCUAAUGCCGAGAAACGUUUGGAGGAGUACAGGCAGUAUAUAAAAAAUCAUAAGACUCCAUGCGAUUCGGGUGACUUGGAGGAUUUAGAAGACUUUGCUAAUAAGGACACUGCUUUCAGACAUUUUAAUAAGAUAGUGGCGCGGAAUCCUGAACAAGUGUUGCGCUAUAGUCGUGGUGGUGAACCAUUGAUGGCAACGGAUCAUGCACCACCACCUCAAGUGAUUCCAUCAUGUUCCCUAUGUGGAUCAGAGCGUCAGUUCGAGCUUCAGCUUAUGCCCCAUCUUUUAGCACUUAUUGGCGUUGAUGACCUCGGCAAAAGUAUUGAUUGGGCUACAGUAAUGCUAUAUACAUGUACGCAGAAUUGUCGUGUGCCAAACGAUGGCUAUGCCGAGGAAUUUGUUUAUAAACAAGAUUUUCAUUAA